AAAUAAAAAUAUAAAUAUUUUCUUUCAAAAAUUCCCAACAGGGGAACAUACAGACAAAUAAACGUUUCGAAACUUAGUAUCAUUACGCCCUCUAUCAAGAAAGAGAUAGUGUUAAGGGCAGAGCACUGACAACAGCCUGCGUUGGAGCAGUGCUACUGCAAAAUGUCGUCGAUAGGUGAUUCAAGUCGACCAGACGCCUCUUCCACAUCAGACACUGACAAACCUGAAAGUACAGGAGCCUGCACUGAUACAGCAAAUCUCAACAAGAAUAUUACAGGAGAAUCUGCUUCUCAUAAUGUCCUGACAGAUACAGCGUCGGGAAUAACCCACUCUGAUGUUGCAGCAUGCGGUGGUGGUGCUGGGUCGUUGGAACAUCUUUUGACCGUUCCGACUUCUGCUUUGGAAGCUACGGAUAGCGAAGUUGACGAUGAGCUUAUAGAACUGCUUGACAGUGCAUUGCAAGACUUUGAACCAGCUGCAGAUACUGGCUAUGCUACUUCAGCAUUAGCAGAUAAUGAUACCGCUACCCAAGCAACACCUGCUGGCACAACUACUUCUGAAGUAUUAAAAGGAGACAGAGAUUCUGAUGCUGCAAAUGAGAAUGUCCUCCAAUCGUCUUCAUCAGCUUCAUACAUGUCUACUCCAUUUAAUAGUCCCAACUUGCCUCAUUCUGAAAGAAGAAAUGAUACGGCAGGUAGGGAUCUAGCUGAACAGCUUGAUGAAGCUAUGCAUUCUUUCAUUAAUGAAGACCCUGUACUUAUACAAAACAUCGAAAUCCUUGCCAAAGCAGCAGAAUCUGCUGGUGAUUCUCCUGAGGCCCAAAAGGAAUUUGCAGACACACUUGCUAAAACACUAAGUAGUUUAGCCCAAAAUGCAGAAGGAUUACAGGAUCAGUUAAAUGAAGAGGGUCUAAAUCAAGCAUUCAACAAUCUUGGCCUAAACCCAGGAGGAGGCAUUGAUGGUGGAGGGAAUAGCAGUGGCAGCAGUGGGAACAAUCCAGAUAUUCUGCCUGUCAUGCAAAACAUGAUGAAAACCCUUUUAUCAAAGGAAGUUUUGUAUCCCUCCUUGAAAGAAAUUUCUCAAAAGUAUCCUAAAUGGCUAGAGGAAAAUUCUGGAAAGACAGACAAGAAGUUGAUUGAGAACUAUAAACAUCAGUAUACUUUGAUGAAGACAAUUUGUAAUGAGUUUGAGAAAGAAACAACCACAGAUAGUGAUGAUGUUAAAAAUGACAGAUUUAAUAAGAUCCUAGAGUUCAUGCAAGAAAUGCAAGAAUUAGGACAACCUCCUAAAGAAAUACUUGGAGAGAUGGCACCUGGGUUGGAAUUUGAUGCAAACGGCUUUCCAAAGUUGUCUCAUUCUGGUGACCAAUGUUCUAUAAUGUGAGUGGACUCAAAAUAAUACUUGCUUUCCUCUCAACACAUUCCAGGAAACAAAAAGGUAAAAAAAAAUAUAUAAAAAUAUAAAAAUCAACUUCAAAACAAACCAAUGAGAGACAAUAAUGUCAUAAGUGAAUAAGAAACAUUGCAAAAGACCAAGAAUGAGAAGAAUUAUCUGCAGACAUGAGGUUGCUAAUAUGGAUGUGCUGAGAACUGUUCCAAAUAUACAAGCUGUGAUCUUUAUUAUUUUUUUUUUUGUCUUUCCCUCACCACUACUAUCUUCCAAUGAACCAUUACUUAAUCCUCCAACCCAAGAUAAACUUUUGGGAUUAUGUUGAUACCUCUUUAUUCUUUUUAAAAUACCCUAACUUCACCCUUCUUUUUUUAGCCUUCCCUUAUCUGUAUAGCAUCCUGUUUGUGUUCCAAUCGUUUUGUUGUACACAUGUAGAUGCAUCUACAUAUGAGUUCUUCUAUUUAUAUGAACAUGCGUGAGUGUAUACAUAAAUGUGUGUGUGUGUGUGUAUUUAUUGCAUGACUCUAUGCAUGCAUAGAUAGACAGAUGAGCAUAGUUGCCAUAUGGAGUUCAGUUAUAAAGAUAAAUUCUGACAAAUUUUCUUCUUUAAAGAAAGUCAAAUUUGCUUUUGCUCACCUCUCACUCUUUACUUUCUUUCACUGCACUUUAGUUAUCUCCAUUUUGAAUUUGAGUCAAUCACUUUACUUUACUUUGAUAUGUAUUUCCUAAUAAAAUAUAAUGGUCGUUUUCUUUUUUUUAACCUUAGUGUUAUGUUGGUAUAUUGGUAACUACUUUCAGGAUCUGUAGUGCACAUACAGAGUGUUUACCUGGUCUGGAAUUUAGCACCAAUCUUGAUUGAUAAUAAAUUUAUUUUUUAAAAAUUCAAAUGAAAAGAAAAUGAUACCUAAUCUCAAUUUUAAAAAUUGGUGCAUUAUAUGACCAUUUCAUAUGUUCUAGAGCUUUUACUCUUUUUUUUUUUUGUUGGAAGCAAAUAGUUCCUUCAAAAUUAGUUGUUUGGAGGUCUCUUUGUUUCCCUAAAUUUCCUUCCCUCUGACAGUUACAUAUCACACUCCAUUUUAUAGGAGAAUUCAUGGAUGAGUGCAGUUGUCAUGAGUAGUGAAGGAGGCCUUGCCUGGUGUCUGAAUGAGAAAGAGAAAGUGAAACAAAUAAAUAAAAAAAUGAAUUAAAGUGAAGGAACUAUGCGGAGAGUGAACAUGAGGCCAAGAAAGUAUCAAUUUGUGUUUGUGCGUGUGUGAGAGAAAGAGAGAGAGAGAGCAGGGUCAGCUUGGAGAAUGAAGAGGGAAGAAGUUAGAAUUGGAGAGGGAAAAUAGAAAAUGCAUUUGCUUGAAUCCACACAGAGAGAAGAUGGUGUUUAUGUCAGGAAGGGAAGUGGGGAAAUCAACAAUUAAAAGGAAUAGGAAAACAAAGACCAACUAUACCCUGAAAUUUAUUUUAAAAUGUUUAAGCAAAAAGCAUUUGUGGAAUUCUUAAUUUGUAGAUCAGAUUAUUUUAUUCCAUUUUAGUUAGCUAGAGAAUAUGAAUUGUAAUUUCCCCUGUACAAAAAGGCCUUAUCUGGUUGCAAACAUUUCAAUUGGGUUUUUGCCUAUUAAGCUCAUGUUUCAUUAUUAACUUUCACUUGUUUUCAAUAAACAUUUGAUAGAUAAUAUCUUGUUCUGCAGGAUGGCUUGUAGAAUAUUUUGCAUUAUUAACUGUAUAUUAUUAUGAUAUAGUUUGUAUGUAAUUAUCUCAUUUUCACUUGAUGUUAGUAAAAUAUUUUUGUUUGGAAGUUAAGAACAUUUGUGUCUUCAAGUUUGGUAUGUUCGUAGGUAUAUUUGUUCUUGAACUAUGGACUGCUAUUAAAAUAGUGUCUCUUCCUUAUAUCACAAAGUAAUUAAGAGAUAGUCUACACACCACCAAUCUAUCAACAUUUGCCCAGUCAUUUUUGUUUUUGUUUUUUUAAUCUGAAAUAAAUUUAUCUUUGAAGGAUAAAUGUUUCUCUAAAUUUAUAACUUGCCAAUAUAUAAAUUUCUAUUGAAACAUAGGACUACUUUAAAACAAUUUCUCUUAGUUUUAAGCUAAAUUUGAAUAUGAAUUGAAAGGUGAAAAAAAGUAUUUAUUAGAAGAGUAAUUUAAAUUUAUGAUUGUGAUAAAAUUAACUGGUAGCUCUAAAAUCAGAACUGUUAUCAGAAAUUAGCUUUGAUAAAAUUAACAUUCAAAAAUUCAUUAGUUAAUUGUUUUUGUUCUCAUUAAAGUUGACAGUAUCUACUGGUUUUGAACUGCUUACAUCAGUCUUAUUGCCUCUACAAAGUACAAUGCUUAACAUUGAAAUAUUCUUGCCAGGAUAUAUUUAUCUUCUCAGCCUUCUUUGCUGCAAUUGUUUAUAAUACCAAUCAUUUUAAUUAUGUGCAGUCAAAAAUUAACUUUAGUAUCAUUUUACAUUUCUGUCCUUUACUUUUUUUCCUCUGUAAAUUAAUUUGGUAAUAGCAGUCAUAUAUUUACAUGUAAAUUUUCAAAUAUUUACUUCUCACAUUGAAGGUCUCUUCUGCUUGGGGCAAAGAUAGAAGUAUAAUUGUUUUCUUAUUAAAUAAUUUUACAUUAAGGCUGUAUUGAUAAAUAAAUCUUUGUUCAUACAAGAACUCUUUUAUAUAUAUGUAUAUAUUGUGAUACAGGAAGACUUCAGAAUGUUAAAACUUAGAAUUUUUUUAGGUAUUUUUUUUAUAUGGUAAUAAUUUCAUAUAACUAGAUCUUGGCAUAUCUUGGAUAUUAUGUGAUAACUAUAUACAGACAGAUUAUCAUAUGCAGUGAUGUAAUUCUUUUAUAAGCAAAUCUUGACUUAAAGUUAGGUGAUAUUUCAUCAAAUGGUUAUCAUCUAGUAAUUUUAUGUUGACAAAUUUCAGCAUACUGGUAGAUGAGUUUUUGUAAUUAGAUCUUGACUUACAGUAAAACAAUUUUGUAUGGAAAAACACAAAUCAUCAUCAACCAGAUCCUGAUAUUGUGCCAUUGGAAUCAGUACAGAAUCAUGUUCAUAAUUAUAGCUAAAUUAGAAUUGUGAAAUAGAUUUUUCUGAUUAUUUUUUUCAUGCAAGUUCAUGUGUGUGUGCAUGUGUAUGUGCAAACAUGUGUAUGCAUGCACAUUGUAUGUGUGUGUGUAGAAAACUAUCUUUUUUUAAAUUUUUUUAUCAGAAAUAUUUUUAUUUGCCUAUUGUUUUUAUCAAUAAACAAAGCAAUAUUUUUCUCUUUUAUCAUUCAUACCUGUGUCAGUAUAUAUCUGGUUUUAUUUAAAAUUUCAAAUAUAUUUAUUAUUAAGCUUUCAAUGUAAACUGUCAAAUUUGAAGGUAAAAAUUGAAAUGUUGGUCUAACUAUAACUUAUAUUUCUUUUUAAUGUUACUGUAACAUCAAGAACAGCAACAGUAAUUAUACUAAUAAUUAUAUUUUGCUUCUGACAGGGUUUAAUGACUAAAUCAAUAUUGUUUCACUUUGCUUCAGGAUGGUUCAAGAUUUUGUUUAAGUAGUGCCUUGUAGAAUUUUUCCUUUUAACUAUUCAUUUGACAUUGUUUUGAUAAGACUUUAUGCUCAUAUUUAGUGUGGUUUGUUAAUGGUUUGAAAUGAUAGUGAGUCACUGCAGUGCUUACAGUCCUUCAAUUGAUAGUAAGUCAGUGCAGUGUUUACAUACUGCACACAAAAUGUAAGUAUGACAAUCAAAACAGCACUCUAAGAGAAAAAAAGGAACACCAGUGUACUUAUAAAUCUGUCAUCAACAUUGUUACUAGAUUUUUAUGAUCUACUUAAAUAUGUAUAUUCUUUUGUUAGUUUGCAUUUGAUUAUUAUCAGGGUAUCAAAAUGACUCCAUCUUUGUCAGUUUUUUUAUAUGCCAUACAUUUACAUUUUCUGAAACUAAUUUUAAUUUUUAUACUCUUUGCUUUAUACCAAACAUUGUAAUUGUAUGGAUCUUUGUGACAAAAUGGAGAUUGAAUUAAAACAGUUUUAUGUCCUAGAUAUAUUGGAUUAAAAAGAUCUUAUGUUUGGUCUACUAUAAUUUUUUUGUCUAUAUUUAUUCUAAGGAUGUAUAAUAGCUUCAAAUUUUGUUUAGCUCAUCAAUUAAGACUCCCCAACUCUCUAUUUUCUCUUUCUUUUUAAUUUUAAGAUUAGUUUCUAAAGAAAUACAUUUUCUAAACCAGAGAUUUCUUUGAUUUUGUGUAAAAGAGUUUAAGUAUUUUCCUUUUUCAACACAAUUCCUUCCAAUUCCUGUACAAAAUGAUAGUUGGAUAAGAAAAUAAUGUUAUGGAUGUAUAACUUGUGUACAAAAUGUACUUCAUUUCAAAAUAAUUAACUUUAGGUAGCUUAGUUUGUAAUUUUAAAGAUAGGAAUAUGAGGAGAGAGUUGAAAUGUAUCUUACAUUUUCAUUGUAUUUUUCCCCAUUUGUUUUUAAUGCUGUCUGUAUGUAUUUUUGUGUCUCUCUUUGUAUUUGUGUUAUUCUGAACACCUCUAUAUUAAUGCAUAAUCAAUCAUGCAUUUAUAAGCAAGUAUUGCAUGAAUGUAGAAAUUUAUGCUCAUACAUAUGCUGGCAAAAACAAGAAAAAAGCAUGCAUGUACAAUAUACACUUCACUUUGUACAUCAACACUUCUUUUAAAGAAUUAAUUUGAUAAGCUUAUGUAGAAUUCUUUAUUUUGUUUUAUCAUUUGUCUUUUUUUUUUUUUGAAUGCUGGGUAGAACAGAACAGUAAGUUUGGAUCAGUUUUGUACAUUCAGAGGGUUAUUAGCUGAAUUCUAUAUAUUUCACAAUGGAAGAGAAAAGUACAUUUUCUGCAACAGUAAUAUUGCCGGCCAUUCCCCUCCCACAUUCUUUGUAUUAUUUUUUGCAAGCAUUUUUAUUUUGUUUAUUUAUUUUAUCUUCUUUUGUUUGGAAUUUGUUUUUUAAGCAAAAAAAUAAAAAAUUAAUCAAGAAUUAUUUAAUUGUUUCUUCGGGAACAUUGAAGAAAUUCUUUUUACAAGGUAAUUCUGUUCAGUUUUAUAAAGAGCAGAAGUGAUAAUUCUACAACACUAACGACAAUAAAAAAUUAUUCAAGAAAAAUGAAAUUUGUUUUCUAUUUCAUUUUUGUUUUUUGUUUUUCUUUUGUUUUAUUUUGUUCAUUGUCUAAAACAUACACACACACACACACACACACACACACACAUUUUUUAUGUGAGGAAGAAACAGCAAAUGAACAGAAUUUAAUGAUACCAAUUUGAAAAUCAGCUGAAAUCAUACCAGUUUUCCAAAAGAAUAAUCUAAAUAAAGUGAAGCGGUUUUAGUGUUUUGUAAAGCAGAUGUAGUUUAUAAUGUCUUUUUACUGAUGUCAAUAAUUUGGAUAAGUACCAGAUAAGUCCUGGGGACUGAGUUAAGCAACUCUCUUCCUCCAAAUUGAGGCCUAUAUCAGUAAUCAAUAAUUUGAAGAAAGUUUAAUUCCAGAAAGCCACAAAAAUUCAUUGUUACCAUUAACAAGGUUUUAAAGUACUAUAAAGGUGACUUUGAGAAUUUCAAUAACCAAAAAAAUGGUCCUUGUACUUCCUAUCAGAUCUUAAGUUCAUUUUAUUAGCAUUCAUAAAUGAAUUAAAAUACAUCAUUAAUAAAUUAUUUUCUUAUCUCAUUUUAACAGUAUAGCAUAACAAAUUGCUUUUCAAAAAAUUUUCUAAUUUAAUGUAAUAUUCAAAAGAGAAUUUUGUUUUUGCAGUGUAUGUUGUCUCCUUGUAAUUUUCAGACAAAAAGUUUCCAAUAUUCCUUCUAUUGCAGAUGAUAAAAACAAACUAGAAAUGGACAUCAAUAUAACCUUCUAAAUACAAAAUAAGCUUCUUUUUUUUCCUUUCUUAUUUUCUUUAAUCCCAAUAGAUGAGGUUUUCCAAUGCUUCCUUUGUCUUAAUGCUGAAGUGAAAUAUUAGUGAAAUGGUUCGCAAAAUGAAGAAAUUGAUUUUCAUCAAUUUGUAAUCAUAUAUUAAAUAAUAUUAAAAUUAUAUAAUGAAGAAGAACCAAGAAUUCAUUUGAUAAAUAUAUAAAAAAUAAAACUUUAAAGUAAAUUUACAUUUUAGUAAAGCGAUUUGUGAAAUCAGAAAAUUAAGAAAGUGGAUUUGUAUUUAAAAAUAUUUCAGCUAAUCAUAAUUUAUCUUAAUUGGGUACUGAAUUAAAUACUUUAAAUGUUCUAACAAAAAGAAUAACUACUAGUUAUUUUUAAAAUAAAAUAUAAUUAUAAUAAUAAAUAUAAUUAUCAUUUUUCUUUUCAUUCUUACGGAGUUGUUAAAAAGUUAUAUGAAGUAGAAAUUGCUAUUAAAGCUUAGUUUUGCUAUAUUUUAUUUGUGAUGUGAGCUGUACACACAUUUUGCAUCAUCUUCCAUCAUUCCAAUUAGCUACAUGUCAUCUCACUCUUGUUUCUAAGCCAAUGCACUUUAAUUCUUUUCUCCAUCUAAUUUUGUUUCUUCAUAAUAUGGUUCUCACUUCAUACAUAAUUCAUAAAAUACAUCUUAUUUCUAUAAUAAACAUGCUUCUCUCAUAAUCCCUUUUUAUGUAUAUACUGCUACAUUCACCGGCAUAAACAUGUGUUUUACCUUAUACCUAGGCACAUUACUCAUUCUCUUUAACUAGGGACACUGCUUGGCUCUUGCCCCAGUGUUUUGUUGCCUUUUAAAUGAGUCUUUCAUUGAUUUUUUUUUUUAAUUCAAAUUGAACUCAGAUCCUAAUUGCACUGUUAACAAGAGAAGAAAAAGAGAAAUUAUCUUAUGGUGAUCUGUCAUUUACAAUAAUAUGAAACAUCUUGCAAAUAUUUAUUAUUCUAGUUCUUUGUUUAAUGGCUGUACACUGAUGGAAAUGUAGUUUUUAUUAGUUUUUAUUUUUAGAGCAGAUCUAUGUUACAGAUUUGUACUGAAUGAAAAUGAUUAUCUUAAAUUUCACUAUUGGCUUAAUUAUUUUUAUGAUAAUAUAAGUUGAACAUUGUGUUGUUAGCUUAACAUUUUUCAAAUCAACAAUCUUUUGCAAGAGAUUCUAGUGGUGAACUGAUUUACAGUCUGUGGUCACAAGCAGUCUGUUGCUUUAACUUGGCAGCAUCAGUUGGCUGAUCUACAUUCAAUCAUAUUACAUACUUCAGGCUAUGGCAGUUAAAAAAAGGACACAGUCACCAGGUCUAUUUCCUACACUUAGUAGAUUUGAUGUUAUACAAGUAAUAAAAUAUUUCCAAGAUUUA